AUGGAGUGGAAACUGGAUGUGCCCCUUACCUUUCAGAGCUCUGCCAUCGAGGAAAAGGGCAGAGAUAACAUUGCAUUAUCAGACUUUGCAGAAUCCUCUCAGUCAAAUGGCAGCAGUUGCAAGAAGUUUAAGAAAAGUGGGCACUUAAUUGUACUCUCUUUGGCAUUCAGAAUCUUGGCAGUUUUGCUGGUCUUUGUGGAUGUGUCUCUCCUGAUUAUAGAACUACUUGUCACUGGCCACAUGAUGAACAGUCCUUUAGAAUUUUGUUCCAUUUCUUUAGUUAUUGCUUUAUUUUUCCUCGUGGAUGUUCUUUUACGAUUCCAUAACCAUGGGUGUUCAUCUUAUUUUUCUGAUAAACUGAACAUCUUAGAUACAACCAUUAUUGGGGUGACUCUGUUCUCUGCUAUCAGUUACAAAGCUUAUGAAAUGAAGUUUUUUAAUGAAUUCCCAAGCUUGACAGCUUUAUUUCAACCUCUACGACUUGUCAUUCUGACAAGACUCUUUCAACUGUUUUAUCAAAAAAGACACCUUGAAAAGCUGGCUAGAAGGCUGGUUGCAGGAAACAAGAGGCGAUACACAAAUGAAGAAUUCGACCUGGAUCUUAUUUAUGUCACUGAACACCUUAUUGCCAUGUCCUUUCCAGCCUCUGGAAGGCAGUCUUUCUACAGGAACCCAAUUACGGAAGUUGUGCGGUUCCUAGAUACCACUCACUAUGACCACUAUCAAGUCUACAAUCUCUGCAGUGAAAAAGCUUAUGACCCUAAGUACUUCCAUCAUAGGGUCCAUAGAAUCAUGAUUGAUGAUCAUAAUGUCCCCACUCUUAAGGAGAUGAUGUUAUUCUCCGAGGAGGUAAAUGAGUGGCUGGCUCAACACAGGGACAACAUCAUAGUGAUUCACUGUAAGGGCGGAAAAGGAAGAACGGGAAUUAUGGCUUGUGUCUACCUCAUAUCCAGUAAAGCUUUAGAUGCAAAGGAAAGCCUUUAUUAUUUUGGGGAUCGGCGAACAGAUCAAAGCAGCAGCUCGAAAUAUCAAGGAGUAGAAACUCCUUCUCAGGGUAGGUAUGUUAACUAUUUUGGACAGGUGAUACAGUUUCACCAUGGUACUCUCCCGCCAAGAAAAGUACUUGAGAUUAAAAAUUUCAUCAUUCAUUCCAUUCAUGGUGUUGGAAAAGGCAAUGGAAGUGAUCUAGAAGUACAAAUUAUAUGUCAGAAGACCAUCUUUUCCUGUCGUUCCUCCAAAAACUGUAUGAUAUUCCAUGACAUUGAAACAGAUAGAGUAAUAAUUAGUUUAUGCAAGUGUCCAGCUCUGUAUGAUGACGUGAAGGUGAAAUUUUUCUGUCCGAAUCUUCCUAAAUAUUAUGACAACUGCUCUUUUUUCUUUUGGUUUCAUACAUCUUUCAUAAAAAAUAACAGACUUUACCUACAAAGAAAUGUAUUGGACAAUCUCCAUAAGCCCAAAACAUGGAAGACUUAUCGUCCAGAGUUUGCAGUAGAGGUCUGCUUUGUACAAACACAGGGCAGACAAAAGGAUGUUGGUAAAAUGAAGGAUAAAGCAGUCUUCAGCAGCUCUCCUUUUAUUAACAUAAGUGAAGUCAAGAGAACUUUUAAGUGA